GUGUCUUUAACCGUCUGUCAUUAUUCAGUGAGUAUGGAGCUCAGUCCACUUCCUCUUGUGCUCUUGCUGAUUUCAAACAUCUACUCUGGACACAUUGAAGAUAAAGUCCAGUUAAGUGUUUCUCCUCAGAAGUGGUUGACUGAAGGAGAUCCAGUGACUCUGAUCUGUGAGGUUAAAGGCUCCUCUACAGGCUGGACAUUCAGCUGGUUCACUGUAACUGAAACUGUCUCAUCAGACUUCAGUGAUCAUUAUGAGCUACUCUCAGACAGCAACAGAGGAGCUGGAGGAAAAUACAUUGUCAGUUCUGCUACUGUAAAUCACACUGGAGUUUAUGUGUGCAGAGCAGAAAAACCAGCCUAUAAACCAUUGCACAGCAAUACACAACUACUGUGGGUCACUGGUGUUUCUCCUCGAGUCUCUCUGAUCAUCAGUCCCAGCAGAACUCAACACAUCACAGAUGACUCUCUCUCUCUGAGCUGUGAGGACCAGAGUAACUCUGAUGGAUGGACAGUCAGAAGAUACAGAGACAGUCGGGGGCUGGAAGAUUGUUCAUCAUCACACUGGGGAUCACAAACAGGAUCUACAUGUACAAUGAAAUUCACAACCUCAUCACACACUGGAGUGUACUGGUGUCAGUCUGAAUCUGGAGAGAAAUAUCAUCCUGUUAAUAUCACUGUACAAACUGAUGAAACUGGUCUGAUUCUGGAGAAUCCUGUUCAUCCUGUGACUGAAGGAGAUACUCUGACUCUACGCUGUUUAGAUAAGUAUUCAACCCCAUCAAUCCUCAGAGCUGAUUUCUAUAAAGAUGAAUCACUCAUCCAGAAUCAAACUACAGAGAUGAUCAUCUCUACUGUCUCAAAGUCAGAUGAGGGUUUCUACUACUGCAAACACCCAGAGGAGGGAGAGUCGCCCAAGAGCUGGAUCUCAGUCAGAGCUGAUGUGAUUCUGGAGAGUCCUGUUCAUCCUGUGACUGAAGGAGAUACUCUGACUCUACGCUGUUUAAAUAAGUUUCCAAGCCCAUCAAUCCUCAGAGCUGAUUUCUAUAAAGAUGAAUCACUCAUCCAGAGUCAAACUACAGAGAUGAUCAUCUCUACUGUCUCAAAGUCACAUGAGGGUUUCUACUACUGCAAACACCCAGAGAGAGGAGAGUCGCUCAAGAGCUGGAUCUCAGUCAGAGCACCAGGAUCUGAUGGUCUCAAACAAGCUGUGAUAAUUGGAGUGACUGCAGGACUGACUGUUGUAUUUUUGAUCAUUGUCUUCUUGGUCCUGCUGUGGCGCUUCAGAAACAACAAAGGUGUGAGAUCUGAGUCUCCCUCUGCUGUCCGUCAACAGCAGAACAUCAGUCAGACAUCAGAGCAGAACCAGAGUGAAGCCGGAUACAACACACCGCUGUCUGACGGUGUAAGAGCGCCGACUGAGAUCACAUAUGCUGAGAUUGAACUCAAAUCUACAAACAAAGAAAAGAAAGAGAAAGAAAACAAAGACAAAAACACUGAGAGUUGUGACGUCCUGUACUCUAAACUGAAGCUGGAAACAGAUCAAGGUGCUGGAUCUAGUGAUGUGACGUAUGCUCAGGUUAAAUAAAUGCCUGGAGGAGAAACUUCAAUCCCAGGAUGCUGAUGAGUUUACUGUAGAGAAGUGAAUGAGUUUGAUACUGAUGAUCACUUGAAGGCAACAGAUUUACCUGAACUGACUGUAAUAUUAGUAAGCCUUCAUGUGCUUCAGAGACAAUGUUCAUCUUUGAAUAGCAAUGAGAUGAUUAUUCUUUAUUGUUUAUUACUGCACAGUGUGUAUUUAUAUUGGUUAAUACCAGCAGCAUCAGAUUAUUAUUUGACAACUGAGAGAACAGAAUAUUCAGUGAAAGAUUUGUUUCUUUUCAGACUGUUGAGUGAGUGACCAAGUUUCCUUUUUUUCUUUUCUGUCUUUUUAGUUUUAAAUGUAUUUCCUUUGGUUCACAUGAUCAUGGACACAUCACAGAAUGUUAAAAUUGUGAUUUCCAGGUCUGGAAAAGUUGUCUUUAGACGUAAAUGUAUAUAGUCUUGUGAAACUAUUUUUUUUUCUAGCUAUGCUCAAAAUAUUUAAUUGUCUAGAAAUCUAGAUAUAGCUCUUUGUGCAUCUUAAUACAUUAGUCACAAGGUUAUAGCUUUCGUUUUGCUCCUAUCCUAUAUAAACUGUUGUAUUCUUCUUGCUGGUGGGAUUCUCUGUGAUUGGUAUGAGGUCCUCCGGCCGUGAUUAAAGCAUAUUCUAAGGCAAA